UAAUUCAAACCCUUUUGUUUCACUUUAUAAAAUUUCAAAAUUUUUGUAGAAAUUAACAUGCUUUCUUCUUCCUCAUCCAAAACCCAGAGUCGACGAUCGAUGGUAUCUGCUGAUAGAACGUCGUGGUACUUCACCGCCGUAAUACUGGCGUUGAUACUGGUGGGUUCUAUCAGAGCGAAUUCUCAGGCGGAGGACGAUACAGUCAGGGGCGGCCAGCUGCUCCACCGUCCCUGCGAUGAAAUCUACGUGGUCGGAGAAGGCGAGACUCUCCACACCAUCAGCGACAAGUGCGGAGACCCGUUUAUUGUGGAGCGGAACCCGCAUAUCCAAGACCCGGAUGACGUCUUUCCGGGUCUCGUCAUCAAGAUCAUCCCUUCAACUCCCAGAAAAUUCUAGAAAGGUAGCCAUGGAUAUGUAUAUAGAAGCUUCAUCAGCAGAAUUCAGAGUUCAGAGACACCAUGAUAAUAGUAAUACAAACAAAAAGGGCAAAAAAGAUAAAGAGUUUUAGGUUGACCUUUCUUUUUUGUAUUUUCUUUCCUCUUCUCUUACAACCCCCUCUCCAUAAUAAAUUUGGGACGAUAUUCUGCCUGCUUUUUUUUAGUGAUAUUUCUGUGUUUUCCUAUUACUAUUGUACAUUUUUUACCAGUCAUCUUGUAUUUUUUUAUCUUGAAUUAUAAAAUGAGAUCAAGUAG